CUUCACUUCAUAGUAUUUCUCCGUUCUUGACUAGGUGACUCGCACAGACUCUCCCUCCAAGGUUGCUGACUCGUUGGUCAUCCACGAUCACUUCCACCUCACCUGCUCCCCUUCAGCUGCAGCCCUGUACAUACGCAUUCCAUCCUCUACCCCACUCUCACCCCUCCUUUUACACUGUCCCGCAACCAGCAAGAUGGUCCUCGACUACAGCAAAUGGGACGCCCUGGAGCUCUCCGACGACUCCGAUAUUGAAGUGCACCCCAAUGUCGACAAGCGGUCGUUCAUCCGGGCCAAACAGGCUCAAAUCCACCAGCAACGUGUGCAGCGCCGCCACGAGAUCGACACCCUGAAGUACGAGCGCAUUGUCAACGAUGGCCUCCUCUCCCGCAUCGAUAAGCUUCUCACGUCCCUGAAGGAGAACGAAGGCUCCAAGACUGCCGACGAGGUCAUCUUCCACAAUCUCAUGGAAUCCGCCGCGAACCCGGCCCAGGACCAGGCCCCCGCGGCUCCGGAGGGUGUCCACACACAGGAGAAGGAGCAGCCCAAGUACUCACACAUGAUGAGCGCUUUGGUCGACCAAGUCAAGAAGGAGAUGGGCGAAGUCAGCACCGAGAACGUCUACCAGGGAUACCUUAAUGGUGUGCAGGAACACAAGGGCAAGGUGCAAGACCUGCAGAAGGAGCUGCACCAGAGACUCGCUCAACUUGAAAAGGAAGAGGGCAGCAAAAUCACAAGCGAUCAGCUGCACGAAGGCUUCAACACUUCUCACGUUGCCAAGGCAGACGCGACCCAGAGCAAGGCAGCUUCAGGGCAGACGUCAACGGUCGAGCUCCUGAACCCCGGAGCGGGUUCAUCCCAACCUGCCGCCGCCGCCGCCGAUGACGACGAGGAGGAGGAUCCGGAGGACAUCAAGGCCAGCGACCUUGCCAAGCGCUUUGCGAAGAUCAACCGCAGCGACUAUCGCAGUCUGCUCCAGUUCAUCUCCGCGAACCCGACGAUUGUUGCCGAGAAGGAAACGGACGGUCUACUGGUCGAGGCGUUCAACAGCCAGAUGGAAGGAAAGGACGACUACGCUCGCCAGUGUGUCCACCACGGUCUGUUACUGCAGUACUGCCGCUCUCUCGGCCGCGACGGCAUCUCGCUUUUCUUCAAGCGUAUCACGACGGCGGACCACCAGGCGGGAACCCUUUUCAGAAACGACGUCAACCAAACCUACAACAAAAUCAAGACCCGUGCUGCGGAAAUCGCGAAGGAUAGCUCUGCGUCCAACGACCCGGCCGGAGUGGAGCAGAUCCAGCUGCAUGCGGUUGACCCCAACACCAAGAUCACCAUCAACCUUCCCUCUGCGGAGAGCAGCGAACCCAUUGAGAUUGAGGCGCGCAAGAUCUACGACUCCUUCUCCAAGGACUUGCAGAAGGCACUGGCCUCGGAGUCCCUGGACGAGGUCAACAAGGUUCUCGGGAAGAUGAGCGUGGAGGAAGCGGAAGAUGUCGUCGAGAAGCUUGGCGAGAGUGGGAUGCUGAGCCUUGAGGAGGGCAUCGUUGACGCGACCACGGAAGAAGGCCGUAAGAAGCUGGAGGAGAUCGAGGCGGAGAAUAAGAGGGAAAGAGAGGCGGCACUGGAAGAGGUUGGAGAGCCCGGAGGUGAUGUCACUGAGCUGGACUAAGGACAUGUAUAAUUGGAUAUGCAUAAUCUGAAUGACUGUAGCAUGUAUUGUUUGAGAGCGACUCUACCUUACUAUUGGUUCGGCGUGUCCCAAAAUUGCUAUUAAUAGUGCUAUUCAUGCGCCCAUUUGCAGGGUUUAAUGUGUCACUGUUUGUUCCUUGUAACAUGUACAUAUUUUACCCACUUGAUCUUGCGACAGCUUGACCAGGGAUUGCCCUUUGUUUAGGUAUAGUAGGACGUGUCAGAAGAAGCGAUUAAAAGGUUCCAAUGUGCAUGUAAUCUACCUAGGUCAAGGGAAAUAAGCAAGAUAAAAAGACAUGCGUUUAAGAAUUGAAUAAAGACACAUGUGUGGGGAAAUAAGCCAUUAGCUCAUGGAC